CCUUUACAGCAUGAUUUAUGAUCAGAGAAUAAAAACAUCACAAGCGAGUGUGCUAACUAUUAAAUAUUAUUCGAUAUAGACAUACUACAUUUUCACUUAUGAAGUGAGAGCAGAAAAUGUAUACAAGAUCCAAAACGUUCAAAAAAUGUAAAUAAGUUAACUAAUAUAAAUAAUAAAAUCAACUUCUCCGGCCAACUGGCCGAGUAGAAAACUAGUUGUCUUUAUAAGGCCUGAUCAAGCAUGAUUUGCUCCGGUACUGCCUGAACCCAUAAUAAAUCUCUUAAGAAAAUGUGCGGAACAAGAUCAUGAGGGAGCAGCAAGCACAAACCUUUUCAAUUCUAGCUAUAGUGAUUGGUUGGUGUUUGUGCUUGGAAUGUACCAAGCGGUUAAGUGAAGCUCCACGGGCUCGGGCGGUUUCCAAUGGCGGCGAGCGGUCUUCGAAACCUACAGGAAAGGUCCUCAGGGGAUUCCUGGGACCUCCUCCGAUGCCUAAGUUAGAGAGAGGAUUGAGAGAAUUGUAAAUAAGAGAGAGAAUGGAGUAGUUGAAGUUACCAUAAAUGUGAUCCUAUGAGGGGUAUUUAUACUAGUUUCGUCCGAGCUAUGCGCAUUAAAUAUUAUGUCGGGCGCUCUGAGACACCUCUGGAUUCCCCAACGUCUUCGUCAGACUUCGUACGUAGGAUCCAGAAUGUCGGGCGGUCCCUUGACGUCAUAUCUGUCCCGUGUCGGCCGGUCCCUUAGUACUAGAAUCCUUCGGGCCGCCUUUGUUCCUGAUCCUCUUUUGGGCCUUGCUUGUUCUUUUGUGGGCCUGAGUGCUUUCUGGGCUUACGGGCCGCGUGGCUCAAUGUGUGACCCAACAUUUGCCCCUUAGGCGGGAGAAGCUUUAGGUUCUCGCGUCUAACUGACUCGUUUCGUGAUCAUUGAGUGGGUAUGGACCGCUAAGGCCCUUAUAAGCGAUCAGAGCGGCUUAUCGCCGUUUGUCGAACUAUACCCCUUUGCCCCUAGUCGCGGGAAUAUGAAGCUACGGUCGCCUAAGGGGUUGCCCGAGGCGGUUUCCCUGGUCUUUUCGCUUUUUGCCACUUGUCGUUCCUCGGGCGCGGAGCCCUAACACCGAGCGGCGGAACGUCACCGCAGGGUUUUGUGGGGUUCGAGGCAUGUCACUUCGGGGAUUUUGAAAUUCCCCUUCUUCGCUAUAAGUGCCUAGGAGGGAGAGCUGCUCCACCCGAAUCUUCCUAGUUAUAGAAGUUCUUCGUCUUCUUCCUCCUUUUCUUCCGCUGUGUGUGAUCAGAGCUUGUCACCGCCGGCGCCUAUAAAUUUGAUCGACGCUCCAGGUAUGAUUUUUCCACUUUUCUUCUCGCCUUUUGGGUGCGGGUUUUGCUCCUUCAUUGGUUUGGCCUGUGUCUUACCUCACUUCGCCUCUUCUUUUGCCGACUUUGGAACCUCGCCGCCGUUCUUCGGCGAUCAGCCUUGUUCCAAAAUGGCAGGCGAUGAUUUGAAUUCUCCCUCCGUCGUCGACGCUCACGACGCUGCGGCCCGGGGGAGCGCUCCCGUCGUUGUUUCCCCCUCCGUUAUCGUCGCCGAUAGGGUUCCCCUUAGUUCGACUGCUCCGACAGCGGUCCCCUCAAUGGGGAAGAAGCCUGCCAGCGCAGCUGUGGCCGCCUUCACCUCUCAAGGUACGAACCGCUCUUCACCCAUUCGAAACACAUCUGAGUGUGUAUGGGAUUUAUCUGGGCUAGACUUGUAUGUUGGGAAUGCCUCUGAGUUAGACAACUGUCUUGUUGGUGAAUGUAUAGACUUAGAUGACUAUUGUGCUAACACGCGCCCUGUACCAGUUGGGGUUAUGACUACAUCUUCGGUCGUGGGGGUUAACUUGGGAGAGUUUGACCGGGUAGGAUUAGAUAGCAUUUCUUCGGAGGAGGACGUAGAAAUGAGCAGUGAUGAAGUACGCCCUGAGGCGUCUCCUAACACUUCUUACUCUUUGGAGGUGUCAGAUUCUGGGGACGCGAGACCGCCCUUGGUGGCUAUUCAGGACUCAGUGUACACGGUUUUACACCAUGCGGGGAUGUGGGAUGGAGAGCCGAUCCCGGCCGAGGUGUUCGAGCAAGGGCCGAAAAAUUCGGGGGCAGCUUUUAAGCCGGAACAGGUGUUGCACCACCUUAAGGCGCUUCGGAUGCCCCCGGAUUGGCAGUAUGCGGCUCCUUCUGAAGUUAGCCGUUCAAGAUCUUGCCCUAGUGACUCACUUCUACUGUCACUCCAGGAAUUGGCCAAGUGAAACCACUUCCUAAAGUGUAGUAUAGCGGGUUUGGGUUUAAUUAUCAACCCGGGUCCUAGAUUUGAUGACUACUCAGUGAAUUCUUGUUAUCUAGCAAUGAAACUUUAAUGCAAGUCUAAACUAACAAACUAACAAAGCAAGUAAACUGUUGUAUUCAGGUUAAGAGAGGUCACCCGGAUAUGGUUCCCCCUAGACUGCAGUUAAGCCAGAUUGUAAUUACCAAGUUCAGUUUCUAUGAUAGUUAUACUGCGGAAGGUUCUUAAACAGCCUGAAGUCUCGACUAAAGGUCUUCAGACCCUCUCAAUCUGAGUCUCUAGCGAGCGACUAACGUCCACCGGAGUAAACAGAUUGAGGCCUUAACAAACAAAACCUCCACUACCGGAGUAAAUCCGGUAUAGAAUAGUGAGUUGGCUCCUCGACUAAAGUCACCAACUCCCUACCUUCAAUCAAUGAUGCUCUAUCAACCUAGGCAGAUAUUCUCAUUCUAGGUUAAAGCAGAAACAACAGGAAUUUGAUCAGGAUUCAAGUCAUUCAAACCUCAAUCGAAUAUAAUCAAAUCAUAGAAUCAGUACUUGGGUUCAUACAAUCAAAGCCUAACAUACAAAUCUAGGGUUCUCCAUACCCAGAUGAAUGGGAGAACUAUUCCAUGGAGAAAGAAGCAAAAGCAGAAUCAGACGCGGAAUUCAUACUGUGAAGGAUGGAUUCCUGCCCCUGGACGUUGAUCGGCACUUCUCCAAGCUCAAACUGGCCUCCAAUGGUGUUAAAGAUCAAUCUAGGGCACUUGGAGACUCUUGUUCGUCACUUUUUCUCUCUAGGAAUCGCUCUAUCUCUCUCAAAACUCGAAUCCCCUUCUCUUUGGCUGAAAAUCUGCUUAAAAGGGCAUCAGUGGCCAAAGCACGGUCGAGGGCACGGCCGUGUAAUGCCUCAGCCCGCCCGUGCUUUGGUUAGGGUUAAUUACACGGCCAGUGCAUUGGGAGAAACACGGGCGUGUUUGAUGAUGGACACGGCCGUGCUUUGUCUAAGCCAUGCCCGUGUUUUUAGCAAUGUUUGCCAAACUCGAAUUUGCUCUCGGCAGUAAAAGCACGGCCACAGAACACGUCCGUGUUCUGUUUUAGGUGUGCCCGUGUUUUGGCUCCAGCUUGACGAAAUGACUUCCGAAUGCCCCAAAACUCGUGCUUAUCCUUUCCUUUGACGCCUGGGACCUGAAAUAUGACAAAAUAGCACAACCCGGCGUAAAAUAGGCCAAAAUACACGACUAUGCCUCUCAAACGGAUAAGAACUAGGGGCGCAAAUAUGUGCAAUUACAUCGUUAUCAAAUUCCCCCACACUUAACCGUUUGCUUGUCCCCAAGCAAACCAAGUCAGACACAAGGUAAGCUCAAAACAACAAGGCAUGACAUAUCGGCACAAAACACGUGGAUCAUACUGGCUUUCGAUCAGUAACACAUGGACAACUUCAAUGACAACCUAGACAACCACCACAGAUGACAUUCGAAUGCAGUAAAAUCGAACAAAGGAAGAGUCUCCCUUCUGUUCACCAACCAACAUAGACUUGACUCAACCACUUGUUCAAAACAGUCACAUCAUGCACAAGGUUCAAGAUAUCAGAAUUAAGACCGAGCAAUCUAGGUCCUCAUCGGGAUAAAGAGUGUAGAGAAUAAGAGAAAAUGAAUCGCUCACUCUCGACCAGUGGGGUCAGGACAAUAUGAUGCGAAAAAUGCGCAUGCUUAAUCUCUCAAUCCCUAACAUCUCUUCAUCAUGAAUGCAGCCUCGAAGUGCUAGAGUUCACAUAUGGGGUGUCAUCACUAACUAAUCCGGAGGUCUUAGACACAGGUUCAGAUGACUGGCUAGGGUCUUGGACAUGGGGAAAAGGCCUUUUAGGUGGUGGAAAUAUUCAUACAGCACAAGGUUCCACAUUCCCAAACCCAACAGACUCACAAUCAAUCAAACCAAUAACU